AUGACGUUCGACGUCAUGGACAGGGCCCCCAUCGCGGGCCCGGACCAGUCGAGCUACCGCUCCCUCGUCUACGCCCUCUUUGAGCCCAACCUCGCCAUCCUCGCCGCCUACCUCGCCAUCAACCUCUACAUCGCCACAAAGGCGCUCCGCGUAGCCACACGCAGCUACGCCACCACCACCCUCAUCGCCCCCCUCGCAGAUGCCGCCGGUCAGGACCACGCCAUCGACCACCCGGACACCGAAGGCGAAGGCGACGACGGCACGCGCCCCACCAAGUCCGACACGCGCGCCACCGAGCUCCUCGUCGGCAUCUCGGCCUGGGCCUUCAAGAAUGACGCCCGCAACGCAAAGCGCAUCACCGCAAUCCUCGCAGUCGCGAGCCUCGUCUCUACCUGGAACUACAUGUUCGCCUUCCUCUUCCACUCCUACCGCGCCUACAUCGCAAACUGCCACCUCACCUCGUACCCGCUCCCGCCCGCGCCGCCGCCGCUGAGCUGGGACCAGCCGGACCUCAUCGUCCCCUCGCUCCACCUCCGCCUCCUCAGGAUCUCGCAGUGGCUCGGCUCGCUCAGCCUGUUUGAGCAGGCUUGGCUCGAGGUCGUGCGCGACAGCAACGCCUGGUGGUGGAGCAGCGAGAUCUGCAUCAUCACCGUCGGCAGCUGGGCCGUCUUUUUGCGCAGCGAAGCCAAGCGCCUGAGGAUCCCGCACGUCGCCACCUUCAUGCUGCUCGGCCAGCUCGUCGCCAUCAGCUUCGCCUUCAACCUCUUCCAGCUCGCCGUCAUCUACCGCCUCGACGCGCAGGACCUCGUCCCCGCAUCGCCCCGCGCCGGCACCGUCAAGACGACCAUCACCAUUCAGCCCGCAGAGGCGCCCCAGAGGCGCGAGCUGGCGCGCUCCGAGUCCGAGCUGCUCAUGCCUCCGCCCAUGUCGCCGCCGAGCCACAGCCACGGCCGCUCCCACGCCGCCGGACGCGCCUCGCACAGCCCCGCCAAGACGACGGCCACGGCCUCGACCACCGUCCAGCGCAUCCCGAUGGCGCCGCGCGCCACGCUCUCGGUCAAGGCGGGCGCCCUGCUGAGCAGGCUGGUGCCGGAGCGCAUCGCCAUGCCCCUCUUCCUGCUCGGCGGGCUCUACUCGAUCUUUUCGGGACCGGACACGCUGGCAAAGGUGCUGGUGAUGCACGCCUUCCCCAUGCUCGCGGUCCUCUACCCGCUGCGCCGCUCGACGGCGCGCAAGCUCAAGAGCAGUGCCGCCUUUGGCCACCCCCUGGCCACGGCCGGCGACAAGGCGGCCGCCACGAGGUUCGUGAGGAGCAAGAGGCGCGUGCCCUUCUACCUCGACCCCAAGCUCGUCCACCUGGCGCUGGCCACGAGCAGCGUGGCGCUCCGCCUCGGCAGCGUCUACCGCGUCGUCUCGGGCGUGCGCGGCGACUUUGACCUGCCCGUGCCGCUGCCGCAGCGGCUGUGGCAGUCGGCGCAGCUCGUGUACCCGCAGACGUUCCACCGCCACCCGGCCGUCAGCUCGAUUGGCUCCGACCACCUGGCGGUGCUGGCGAGCGUCGUGGCCUUCAUCCUCAUCGAGAGCGGCCUGUGGCUCUGGAAGGACGCCAAGACGAGCCCGAGCGCGCGCGUGCCGACGUCGGCCGCCGUGGCCGCGCUGAGGGCGAGGUCGUCGGAGGCGUCGGCGGCCGGGGGCAGCUCCACGACGCUCGUCGCACCCACCACCGUCACGCUCGACCGGAUCGACCGCUCGAGGCUCGAGUUCCAGUCGCGCUGCGUGCUGGCGCUGGUGGCGCUGGCGCCCGUGUGGGGCGCGUCGGCCUCGUUUGGCUACUACCUUGCGCUGCGCGAGACGUGGAUCGAGGACGACGAGCACUUUAGCCAGCAGCAGCGUGCGCACGCGCGGGGCAGCGGAUCCGGCGCCGUGCUCGCCGACGAGGGUGACGAGGCCGGAGCGUCGAGCGUCGUGGCGGCCGAGAGCGAAAAGGUGACGGGCAGGGUGGUCGAGACGGCCGAGGGCGAGCGCGUGCUCGAGAUCCGCCAGAGGACGGUGACCGUCGAGACGAUCCGCGGCGGCGGCGGCGAGGGCGCCGACGACGGAGAGAGCAGCGACGGCACGGCGUCGCUCAGCGGCGCCGAGGCGGGCAGCCCAACGACGGGCAAGAGGACGCGCACCAAAAGGACGAGGGCCUCGUCGUCGUCGUCGUCGCGCCCGGCGCGCAGGGUUGGUGCGGGCGGCGUGGGUGCUGCCUAG